AUGCCAGAAUCUGCACCUGGCACCCUGGGCCAGGGCGUGCGCUUCCUGAGAAACGUCCUCAAUGGCCGCCAUGCGCUCUCCAAGCUCAUCCCCAUCGCGCUCUGGCUGGCUGACGCGCUUGGUUGUGGCUUGAUCAUAUGGAAGAUCCCAUAUACUGAGAUCGACUGGGUUGCGUACAUGCAGCAGAUUUCGCAGUUUGUAUCGGGCGAGAGAGACUAUACCAAGAUGGUGGGCGAUACUGGUCCCUUGGUGUAUCCAGCGGCGCAUGUCUACACUUACACGGGACUUUACUAUAUCACGGACAAAGGCACGAAUAUUCUUCUGGCGCAGCAAAUAUUUGCUGUGUUGUAUAUGGCUACGUUGGCAUUGGUAAUGCUCUGCUAUUGGAAAGCCAAAGUCCCUCCGUACAUGUUCACCUUCCUAAUCGCCUCUAAACGACUUCAUAGCCUCUUCGUCCUACGAUGUUUCAAUGACUGCUUCGCCGUUUUCUUCCUAUGGCUGACCAUCUUCCUUUUCCAGCGCCGACAAUGGACCGUUGGAAGUCUGGUGUAUUCUUGGGGUCUUGGGAUCAAAAUGUCGUUACUGCUGCCUCUACCUGCCAUUGGCGUCAUUCUUUUCCUGGGUAGAGGACUAUGGCCUAGCCUUCGUCUCGCAUGGCUCAUGGCACAGGUCCAGUUCGCCAUCGGAAUUCCGUUUAUCACCCAAAACCCUCGUGGGUAUGCGGCUAGGGCCUUUGAGCUGUCACGACAGUUUCAAUUCAAGUGGACGGUCAAUUGGCGCAUGUUGGGCGAGGAAGUUUUCCUCAGCAAGUAUUUUGCUAUAUCUCUUCUGGCCUGCCACGUUCUGGUGCUCCUGAUCUUCAUCUCCAAGAGAUGGAUCCAACCGACUGGACGAUCGCUCUACGACCUGAUUCCCUCAUUCUUGCGACUCAAGUCCCCAUUUACCAUGCAGGAACAGCUUCGCAUCUCCCACUACGUCACCCCCGAGUACGUCAUGACUACCAUGCUCUCCGCCAACCUCAUUGGUCUUCUGUUCGCUCGGUCACUACACUACCAGUUCUAUGCCUAUCUCGCCUGGGCGACACCCUAUCUCCUCUGGCGAGCCACUGAAGACCCCGUUAUCGUGACAAUUAUCUGGGCCGCGCAGGAAUGGGCUUGGAACGUAUACCCUAGCACCGACCUCAGCUCAACCAUCGCUGUCAACACAAUGCUGGCGACCGUUGUGUUGGUGUAUCUGGGAACAGCCAGACUUGCCGUUCCUGUUCCCGCUGCCAGAGUCGGGAAUGUUGAUGAUAAGAACAAAUAG